AUGCAGCCCACCAAAUGGGCAGGAAAAGGGCAUUUUUCUUCCCUUCUUUCCUUGCAAAAAAUGGUUGCUCCAUCAGUCGAAACCGUAGAAAAUAAACGGCUUUACGUAACAUUAAUUCCUCUCAAAUCAUAAAUAGCAUAUUAUCUUGGCGUUAAAGAUCUCAGUUGUAAGCUAGCAGCCAGAUGUGGCAUGGCUACUUCCAGGCAAUGGUACUGUUAGUGCUGGAAUCAGAAAGAGAGCGUUCUAGGUUUUUUUUUCCAUCUUUGUGGAUCUCACAGUUACUGUGCACAGAUGGAAGUGUCAGAAGAUGAUAUCAAUAUGGAAGAUUACCCCACUGAAAUUCAUGAUUAUCUUGCAGCAUUUGAAAAAUCUCUUGUUUCUCUAGAUGAGAUGCUGGAGACAAUGAUGUCCGUUUCCAGGAGUGAGCUUCUGCAAAAGUUAGAGCCUCUUGAGCAAGCAAAGCUGGAUUUGGUUUCAGCCUAUGCAUUAAAUUCAAUGUUUUGGGUAUACUUGGCUACUCAAGGAAUAAAUCCAAAGGAGCAUCCAGUGAAACAAGAGCUGGAGAGAAUAAGAACAUACAUGAACAAGGUCAAAGAAAUAGCAGACAAGAAAAAAGCAUCCAAACUUGAUAAGGGAGCAGCUUCUAGAUUUGUAAGAAAUGCACUCUGGGAACCAAACCCUGAAAAUGAACCUGCCUCCAAAACUCCUGCUAAAGCGAAAAAGAGAAAGAUGGACUAAUUUUUUUUAAUUUCCCCUUACAUAAAUCACAGAUGACUAGAUUUUUUUGUUUUGCAUAUUGUAUGCAUCUUGUAGAGAUGCUAUAUAGCAGCAUCUUGUUUGGGUUAUACUGAAAAUGUUUUAUGGGACUGUAUUUUGUCCAGAACACUGGUCACUUUUUAUGUAUAUCUGAAAAUGUUAUUUGAUGGUAGAAAAUUAGCAUUUCAUUCUCCAAAUGAUAAUGAAUAUCUUGCUGAAAAUAAUAUAGUAGGUAUGUUUUGCUUUUAAUGCCUAGGAAUUGUAUUUUUUUUAGUGCUGAACGAUUGACACAAUUUUUACAUGUAUUUAAUAUCUGAAGUAUUAAAACAGUAUCAAACUGUGCUAUCCUGUUUAUUGUUUAUAUGAGCCAUGUUUACUUUUUCAUUACGUUGUUGUAUGAAAUGUAUUUGUAGAGUUUGUUAAGACUUAUUCACUGUGUUAAACUGUCUUCUUUUUAGCUUCUGCACUUGAAUGCAUGCCAUAUAUACCCUUACUUCUGUUGCCUUUGAGAGAACAGAGUUUCAAGGGCCACAAGAAAAUAGCCAGAAUUCCACUUUAAGCCCUUGUUUUCUGGUCAGUGGAAAGAACAGACAUUUCUGAAAAGCAGGAAAGGGGUUGGACUUUUGGCUGGCUGUACUUGUCCCUUACUGCUGGUAUUGACGAGAUGGAGGUAUGUGCUCUGAAGUGAGGUGAAUGUGGUCAUCCAUUGCCUUCCCUGGUGGGGGUUUCAGAAAUAGCAUUCGCUGGUGCAGUAAGAAGCUUUGUCAUUUAGGAGAGGAGGUGUCUUAGUUUCUCUGAGAGAGUAUAUUUUUUCUUAAUUUUUAGUACACUGCAAAUCAAAGUAUCAAGCCGAAAGCUGUCUAACACUUAGCAGUACCCUAACUAACUAUGAAGAAAAGAAGAAACAAUUCAGUUUGGGUAGCAAUCUGUAAACCAGCUUGGGAAAUGUAAUGAGUGUGAAAGAUUUAGACCAUACUACAUAGUUAAUUUAUAGUUUAAUCUAGUACAUCUGCGCUACCACAAGUUGAAUGAUCUGCAAUGGACUGGUACUGAUGAGGUGCUAAAGUGAAGAUUUAUCAUUGACAACUCAAGAAUACAUAUUUAAAUGUUAAAAAAAAAAUUGUGUGUCACUGGAAAAGCUUCCAGAGAUAGGUAUGAAUUUAAAAAAAAAGUAUGUAAUAAAGUCAUUGAACAAAUAAUAAUUCCUUCAGUCCAACUAACAAAAAUCUUGUCUGUGUAGAGGUUCAUCUAAGUGCGUAACUUUGGUGCUUCAAAAUCACAGGACUGCUAUUGCUGAAUAUGCAUGUCAAAGGCCGAUAAACGUUUGCUAGAUGAAAGCUAAAAUAAGAAUGCCUCUUUCCCACGUGUUAGUGUCAUAGUUAUGCCUAAUAAAAGUACUGCUAGGAUCCUAUCUUCUUCUUGGUCUUAAGGUUAGAUGUGAAAUACCUAAUGGCUAUUCUUGACCAAGGACAGUAGUACUCUUGGAAAGCGAUUCUUUUUGGUGUGCUCAGUUGGUCUGGGCAGAGUUUAGUUGGAAGACUGUGUUCUGUCGUAUAUCCUUUGUAUGUGAUGCUGCAAAUGAUGGCUGUGGACUAUUAUAAACAGACUUAGAGACUUUGCGUGGACGUAGAGGUCUGCCUGUGCAAAGCUUGGUGUUCAAAAUAUCAGUCUCAAAACCAUCAAGUUUAACUUCCUUGUGAGUUGGCAGAUAGUCAUAAAAGCAACAGGUCUACACGGACCUGGGCUUGAUGCACACGUUUUGGAUCACUUAACAGUUGUCCCUAGUUAAUCCCUGCAUGUUUAUUAAAAAAAAAAAAAUAGCCUCUAACUGGGAAGACAGCAGUCUAAAAGCAGUCUGAAGUGGCACAAAAACCAUUCGUAUGUAGAUGUUUUGGAAGGUAACAUCUUGAACUUCGAGAGGUAUCUUGAAGAAAAAAGCAGCUUUGCAUCUGUACAUGCAGUGCCGUUAAUUUAAAAUGGAGUUGCAGGAUGUUUCCAUUAUAUUAUUUUCCUCUUACACUUAAGUUAUAACCUUUAUUUUAAAAGAAUAAUUUCUAAAAAGGACCAUAAUUCACUGUCCAGUGAAGUACACAGAUUGCAUUGGUAAAUGUUUGCACAGUAAGCUGAGGCUAUUAAGAGUAGGAAGGUAGCAGUAAGUCUUUGAUAUAAUUAACUAUAUACAGGUGGCUGGCAUUUGUGGUAGGGCAGUUGAUACAUACAUAACAAAUACAACUUUGUAAGCUUUUAAAGCGUUUAUCUUUAGUAUGGCUGUUUUGGUGGCUUAGGCUGGUUUGUGGCUUUUCUUUUUUUAAUGUAAAGAAAAUUACCCAGACACAUUCCCCACAAUCUGAGGAGCAACACUAUGUGCACCUUGUUCUCUUAAAGAGUCCUAUUAGAGGCUUGAAAUACAGGAUCAUCACUGCUAGGUAUUUUUUAUAUACCAGAGUGUUUUUGGAACAUCUGGACUUCAAGAUAGGCAUUUAACUUUACUGAGGACUCCAGGAUGAAGUGACUUGACCAAACAUUGUUAGUGAAAGCUCCUCCCUGGAAAAGCUAUGUUCAUACUGGAAUGAAAAGUACCUUACAACUUUCCUGCUUCAAAAGCAGAGGCUUUUUUUGAGAAAAAUGUUUCUUGUAGUGGCUGUGUGCAUAAAUGGGCAUACCAUACUUGGCAUGCCAUACUAUGGUAUAAGCCAUACAACUCUACAGGCAAAAUGUGGGGGAGGAGGAAGGCGAAAAGAAGGGAAAAUAUCUGGGUGAUUUCUAGUCCUAUCGCUGUAUAUGCUGAAGUCAAGUGCAGAAAUACCAAUUCUGCGCUCAUAUAUGCUAACAUAAUGCAGAACAUUGCCAUUGUAGUAGUAAAUUAUUAGUAUCUGUAAAUAAUUAAUGAAAAAAUUAAAUUAAUGAACUUAAGAUAUUUAAAGAGAACAUUAUAGUAUGUUCAGCUCCUCCCUGCUUUGUCUUGGUUUUGCUAGCAAUGUAUUAAGGGGUAAUUAAUAUUAAUUAGAAACAUUACCUAAGAGAAAUGCUAGCAAAAUUGAUGUUUCUGAGAAUAUUUUUAGCUAAUGCAAUGAAAAAGGUGUAUAAUACUCUGAUUUAUGGUAGAAAUAUGUAUGCUGUGGAACUUUUAGAGGCUGAUUAAUGAUGUCAAAAUUAGAAGGCGCUGUGUUCAAGUUUUUAAGUUUAAAAGUGAAAAUAGUAUUGGUAUUUAUUUUGUCAAAGUUAAGGCUGUUAAUGUUAGCUGUUCUUGUGACUUUUUGCUUUCUAGCCUUUGUGCUAAGAAGGUGAUAAUAUGGUUUAGGGCAUAAGAGGUUAGCAGCCAUAACUGGAAUUUAAUGUAAGUUGCCUGAGGAAUUUCCCAAGCUUACAAAAAAAAAAAAAAAAAAAAAAAAAAAACUUUAAAGGAGAAAUGAAAAUACAACUCUAGUUUUUAAGCCACACUGGUAUCAUUAAAUAACUACAUUAAAAUAGCAAACAGUUCUUGGGGGCGCCACAGAAGCUCUGUGCUUGAUAUAGUUUGGAGUUUAUUAUAUGGUAGAGGUUUGACUCAAUCUGCUUUAAAGUCAGUGGGAGAAUUUCCACUGAUACUAAUCGACUUUGUUCUUUGAAUUAGUUUGGCAGAGCAGAUAGCUUCACUGAACUGCUACAGUUGGACGUGAAAAGUAAUUACUCAGUUAUCAAAUCAGUGGCUCAGGACUUUGCAGUAAAUGUCUGGCCUACUAUUCAAAGUAUUUUUUUCAAUCAGCCAAUCAUCAUCAUCUUAGAUGCAUCCUUAACUAUCCAAUGAAAGAUUUCCCCCCCCCUUGUAUUUCUCAAAGAAUAUUACGGGGAGAAAAACCCAGUGUCAUUAACUAUCCCAACAGUGUAAAAAGAUUUUAACAGCAUAAAAUGUAAGUCUCUGGUAUCAGAAGUUAGGGUCUGCUCUCAGUUGUGUAAAGUUGCUGCAAAUUUCCUCCUAGAAGAAAAACCUCUCUCCAAGGCAGAGUUUACUGUGGUUGCAAGCAAAGGAGGAAUCAUACUAGAACUUAGAAUUCCCACUUUUACUAGCCAUGACUACUUGGAAAGUCAACACAUUACUGGUGGUCCUUUCCACUGCUUCAGUAUUCUGCUAAUGGAGAACUGAUGCUUCUUCAUACAAAAGUGACUAUUUUAUUAAGUCAUUCUUAAAAUCAAAACUACCAUGAAGCCUUGUCAAAAAGUGUAACAGUUUCAUUAGAAAUCCCCUCAAAUCAAAGUUAUAUAAGUUGCCUAGGUAUAUACUCCGUACUAAAUGACAGAUGUCUGGUUCUGCAACCCCAGAAGAGACCUUGGUUACCUGGACUGAAGUUUUGGUCAGCUGUUGGCUCCAGAAAGGCUUUCAGACGUUGUGAACAAGCAAACUCCAGCCUGCAACUGGAAACCAAAGUGGAGGUAUAUUGGUGGUAUAUCACUGAUUAAUAAUGUUUAACUGCUUUGGAGUGUUAAAGUCUAAGGAAACAAUAGUAAACCGUUUUUGAUGCAAAUCAAGCUGAAGAAAAAAUUAACUUUAGAUCAGCUAAAAAUAUUUGUCAUCUGCAAGUCCAAGUAUAAUUGGAGAAAUGAUCUUCAGGCUUUGUGGAGAUAUUCUGCUUCUUCACCAGAGUAAAUCUGUCAAAUUUCAAGCCAAACUAACUUUCUAAACCAGAGGGCCAAAGUAACUGAAACUGGUUGCAUCUCAAAUAUGGAAAGAUUAUUCCUUUGUCAUAAAUUGAGAUGUAAAAAUGCCAAAACAGGGCAUUUGUUAAAAGGACUACAUACAUGUGCCUUAGUUACAAGUUGACUUGCAUGUGAUUAAAAAAGAAUGGAUUGGCUUUAGCAGUUUAGGGAAUCAUCUGUGACACUUAUGAGGAGAAAAAUAACGCAUUUAAUUUCUGCAGUGUGACACUGUAGGUUUUCCUUUUGCUAAUUUGCUUUGAAUGCUUUUACUUGCAGAAAGAGUUCCAGAUAUGCUUGAAUGCUUGUGUUUUGUAGAUCACUCUUAGUUUCCUUGGCCAAAAGUAGUAUGUCUUUUUUUUCAAUUUCUGCUUUCCAGUGUGAGGCACUUGUAAUAUUUUACUGAUGGAAGUAAUGAUUCGCCUUUUGCUGAUUUCUGACUUUCCCUAUAGGAGAAGAUUAGAGAUCUGUGGAAUACUUACUGCUGGUGAUCUAAGAAGCAGACCUUGUACUGCUUAGUUUUCAUCAGCUGUACCAAAGGGAAAAGAGCAAAAGCUUGUUUUUACUACUAAGCUGAGUGAAUAUGGCAUGGAAAUCUUGUAAUGGCAAGGUAUCAAUUUUGUAAAGUGAUAUAUUUCAGAGGGGAUACUAAAUUUGACUGUGAAUAAAAAGCUUUAUAAAUGGAA